ACGACGGCCUAGGUGGCGUGGCGGUGUUGUGAUUCGUGUCCCUACCAAAUACGAACCAGGGUUGGGUGGAGUGGCAUUGGUGAACCUGAAAUUGUGAAGUCGUACAAGCAAGCCAUUGCUGCCACACAAACUUGCCCGUUUGCGUCCAGCUUUGCAAACAAAGAAUGAGUAGGACCUGAUUCGAUAGUUACGAUCCCAGCCACAACGCCCCGGCGGCUUGGGUCCUGCACUUGGAUGUCAUCUUGGCUGGGUUUGGCUAUAAAGCCCAGUCGCAAUCCCCUUCUAAGUUUGGUUAUGUACCUUCGAAGGUUUCCAACUAGUCUCUCGUUUCUCCAUACCCCUACAGAUCUCGAAAGUAACAAGACCAGCUUUUGUCAAUCGUUUUACCUCUAUCCGGCCCCGAAUCUCGCGGGUCAAUAUGAAGUUCAGCCGGACUCUCAAUAUCCUCCUGGCUGCGGGCCCUGCUCUGGCAUCUGCCUCCAGCGACGGGCUCUUCCGCCGCGACACUGGGAGCUGCAACAUCCAUCUCGCGACUAGCAAUGGCGGGCGGAAGGUAGCCAUUGUUCUGGACUCGUCGGGCUCCAUGUCCAUCACCGAUCCGGAUAAUCUCCGAAUCCAGGCCGGCAAGGCUCUCAACAACCAGUUGGUCCCUGCCUCUGCAGCAGGCGGUGGGAAGCAGGCUGAUCUGGUCACCGUUGUCGACUUCGACGAUACCGCAAGAGUCAUCUACCCGCUUGGAGACCCAGCCGGCGCCGACAGCUCCUUUGACGAGAUCGACAGCUCAGGAGGGACCUACAUCGCCGACGGCAUCCAAAAGGCCGUCGCGGAGCUGACCAAGCCCGGCAACGACCCCACGGCGGACCGCUCCGGCAUCGUCGUGCUGACCGACGGCGAGGACUCGGACGUGGCCGGGCUCAUCGUCGAGGUGGAGGCGGCCGGCAAGGCGGGGAUCCGGGUAUCGUUCGGCUUCCUCGCGCCGCCCGACGCCUUCUUCGAGCCGGACCUGCUGGCGGCGAUCCUGCGGACGGGCGGCUCGUACGCGUCCUUCGAGACCGCCGACGCCAUCCAGUCCUUCCUCUUCCUGAUCCUGUCCAACGGCCUGACGGCCCGCGACCACGGCGCCGGCGCGGAGCAGCCGCUCCUGCCGGGCAUCACCGUCGCCAGGCUGACGGGCGGCGCGUCGGUCGCGUUCGGCUACGAGGCGCAGGCGGGCGAGGCGCUCGUCUUCACCGUGGAGUCGCUGUCCGGGCCGCAGCUGGACGCCGAGCUCGAGGACGCGGCGGGCAAGAGCGUGGGGAAGAACAGUACCUCGGGGGCCGCGGGCGAGCCGGCGGCCAUCACAUACACGGCCAAGGCGGCGGGGGCCCUGAAGCUGGUCGUGGGGGCGGCCGAGGGCAGCGCCGCCGGCGGGGAGGGCGUCUUCCAGGUGUCGCUCAACUCGUCGCUCGGCAUCUCGGGUUGCAACCUUACCACCACCCCGCCGCCGGACAACUCCACCGGUACCGAUAAUACUACCGUGACGGGUUCGCCGCCCACCGCGCCGCCCACCUCGCCGCCUACGCCGACUGCGACGCUCGUCGUCACCGCGGCUGCGGCUAGGCUUGGGACUGCCGGGUUCGUUGCCGCGGGUAUGGCCUUGGCGGCUGCUCUGAUCUGAUGACCCGGUUCGCUGGGGUCUAGGUUCGGGAUGGAUUCGAUGGGUUCUCACGCAUGGUUAUUUGUUUUGUCGUGCUUUCCGAUAUGCUUCUUUUUGGGGCAACUACCUUAUCAUGGGUAGUCCCGUUUGUGAUUUUCCGGGAUACAGAUUGAACGAGGCAAAUAAAUGGGCCAUGUAACCAAUAUGAAGUCGAUAUUACCAGCAAUAGAAAUUGUCCUAUGGCUGGCAAGAAACCGUUCCAAAUUGAAGUUGGGAUGA